AUGGCCAUUCCACCACAGUUUUUUACACCUUACAAUGCGCAAGCCACAGUGCAUUUGUAUGAAGCCUUUUGGGGCUUGCUGCUGCCAGUGACUGUGCACGGCCGGGUGUCUGACAUUUGGCGGGCAUACUUGACGCAGAAGCUCCUUUGGGACGUGGGUCAACUCGUGACUUUCUUACCACCUUAUGUGGUGCAUGACCGUGUGGCACACGACUACUUGAAAGACUUCCAAAGUGAAACUGACCUGCAGUUGAAGUCUACAGCCUUGGUUCAAUUCUUAUCCCAAUGGUCUAGCAAUGCUCCAACUUUGUUGGAACGCAUUGAACAGCUGUGGGCGGCCUUGUACGCGCGUGUCUGGGCUGGCGUGGAAUGCCCGAGGGAAACGGACGAAACGGAUAGGAAAUCAUGGGAAAUUCCUUUGAGAAAAUCAUCAUAUGAUGAUAUACAGAUGAUAAAAUGUGACAUAUGCGGUAAAAUUAUGCAACUGGUGGGUGUGUCCGAUUUUCCAACAGCAGGAAAAUCAUGGUUUCUAACUUUGCUUGAGGUUUUUCCAUGUCCAUGCCUUGAAUGA